UGUACUUACUAGUACUAGUUACUAGUACAGUACACACAGCAUACCCAUUUACCGUACCACAUAACUUCUAUGACUGCAAUAUAUUGAUCUCACCUCUCCAUCUCUCCAUCUCUCCAUCUCUCCAUCUCUCCGUCUCUCCAUCUUUAAUCUCUCAGUCUCUCAGUCUCUCAGUCUCUCAGUCUCUCAUUCUCUCAUUCUCUCUCCAACCUCUGGAACCUUCUACAAAAGGCAGAUAAACAAAUCUUUACAUUGAUAGAUAUUUGAUAUCUAUUCAUUCUUAAACUCCAUAUGCAAUACAUCAUCAUGGAGAAAUUGAAACGUCAUUCUACUACCAGUGGGAAAGCUACCUGCGAAACGGUUCCUUUUUCCAAAACUAAAAGAGAUGGGAAUUGGCAAUCGGCGGCUCUUACCACCUGCUUACCCUCCGAUGGUUCUAUCAUUUAUGAUGAACAUCAAAAUAUCUUAACGGGUAACAACAUGAUACCCUGGACAAGUAUGCACUCCUGCACUCUGCACUCUGCACUCUGCACUCUGCCAUCUGCCAUCUGCCAUUUGUUUAAUCUAAAGAUAAUCCAUUAACAUCAUCUCCCAGGUAUCACUAACCAUGUCACACCACGAUCUGCGAAACCGAUAACAAUCCCAAAUCUACCCACCGAAAUUAUCAACAACAUUAUAUCCCAAGCCGACGACUUACAUUCGUUAAAGGACUGGGCGCUAGUUAGUUGGGCAUGCAAUGAUAUUGCUGAACGAAUACUUUGGUCAAAUAUCACUAUCAAUACCUCACAAUUUUAUGAUCCAGCCUACCCUUCAGACGGACAAGACCCUCUUCAAAUCCUUCGUCAUGAAAGUUACGAAAGACGAAAUAACACACAUUUACUGCCGGCAUGGAUGGGAAUGAAAAGAGGAGAUCAAAGAGUACCUUCAAUUGUUUCGAGGCUUUCAAUGGUCAAAAACUUCGCUCUUAGGACAGUUUGGGAUGUCGACUCGCGAGAUUUGCCUCAAGGUGGUUCGAGAGAAGAUUGGAGGAUUCAAGAAGUUUAUAGAGAUUUAUUCCCCAUGAUGGAUAAUCUUUAUACGCUACGAAUUGACGGUGAGGUCAAUAGAAGAACCUGGAAUUUACUACUCGCAUUACCAUCUCUUCGAGAAUUAAGGAUAUGGCGAACGACGACAGUUGACUCUCAAGCUCUUCUAGACAGGUAUCAUCCAGCAGAUGCCAUCAAUCAACUCUCUCAGAAGGAUAAACAAGAGCUAGUAGAAAACAUGGUACUAAAUUUCCAAGGUUUAUCAAGACUAACAACUUUCGAGAUUGGUUUGUUAUCACCUUUGGAAUCGGCAGCCUUAGGGGCUGCAGUUAGGGAAAGCAACCUUGAAGUCCUUCACAUUGCUGUCACUCGUGAUAAUAGAUCCUUUAAUGAUCAAGGAGCACUCACUUUGGCAAGGUUUUGGGAGAACCUUGUACCCAAGGAGAUCGAUGACACUUCGCCAAUUAUUCAGAAUACAAAUAUUGGUUUUCCAUCAUCUAUGCGUGAACUGGUUCUCGAAGAUGAUGCACACCUGUCAGUCCAAACUCCAUUCUAGCGUUUCAGAUAUACUAAUUUUAUAUGAUAGUCCUAUUGCUCCUCCAAGGAUCGUCCAACAAUCAUUCCGCAGAUGCAGGAACAAUUUGACAAGAUUUUACUUCGACUUUUUAGACGAAUCUUUACUCACUCACGUUCUCAGUUGUUCUUCCGAGAAAAAUCCCCUCUUCCCUCGCCUAACUCAUCUUCAUUUACCUUGGCCCGAGUCUGAGAAGCAUGAAUACCGCCACCCUCGUGCCAUGAGCAGAGUCAUGAUACCUUUUAUCGAAUCACACAAGUCUACUCUUCAAUCCUUUCAACUUCUUAAUGCAGCCGAAGAUAACCGACUGCUGAAAUAUGAAAAUCCAUUAAACAAAGUGCUUAAGGAAUGGAUGUCCAUCAAGGAGAUUCGGCUGGAUUCGGAACAUACUGCCGAUCAUUAUUCCAAUGUCCCUAGAGGGCAAGAAUGGACUCGACCCGCAGAUUUUCUAUCCGUCGAUGGUGGAGGUUACUGGGGUGACGAUCUUCGCCGGGCUAGGCUUGACCGGUUUGAUCUUACUAACAUCGAUGUUGGUUUUAAAUCUUACCGAGCAUGGCAUAAUAUCAAAGUUUUGAUCCUUAAUCCUGGGCUGUUGUGGAAUUAUGGCCUCCUUCCCGAUCCACAUGAUAGAUCUAGCCCCCGACUCAGAUCAAUAGACCAAGAUCAUCUUUUGGGUAUGAAACAUCUAGCAGAGUCCGAAUGUGAGAAUUUAGAACUUGCAGAGAGAAUUUCUCGAAAAAUGGGGCCGAAUCUUCGUGUACUCUCAAUUCGUGACUGCAGAUUCUGGAUUGAGAGAUAUGGUGGGCCAAUCUGGCAUCUAGGAGAUGCUCUUGCGGAUCCUGAACAACGUCGACAGAUUAGACGUACUUUGGAUCAAAGGGAUUGGGACUUUCUAUUGGAAAGAUCUACUACCGAUACUCAAGAAGCUGCCAAUACUGCUACGUUCCUCAGGAACGACAUUUAUUCUCCACUUCAACCACCUGUAGGAUCCAUUCCACGUCCAGUCUCUCCUGCCUCCAUCAUCAGUGACGCUAUGACCGAAUCGGAACACGGUUCAGAAGAUGAAGAUGAAGUGAUGAAUUUCGGAAGUGAGAAUGGAGAUGAAGAUGAUAGAUCCGAGGAUGGAUCUGUAGCAGCGGAAUCGGACGAUGGAACAGGUUUUCAUGCAGAUAUGCAUUUGUUAACUCACACAAACGGGCCGGUUGACGAUAUAGGGCUUGAUGCAGAUAUGGUUUUGUUCACACACACAGAAUUACCAUUUUACGUUCAUAAUGGAGUUAUUAGGCAGUCUUUAUCUGGACAUUUUAUAUGAAUAAACGAUCACGAGGAUACGAAUACUGGGCGGUAAUUCUUGACAGUUUUUGGAGUAUGAAAAUAGAAGCGCAUAAUAUUUUCUAUACAUGGCUAGGUAGCUUUAGGAGGGUGUUUGGGAUAAGGAAUAGGAGUUUUGGCAUUUUACUCGAGUCUAUUCUUCAGACUCGUCAGAUACCCAAAUCGGUUUCGCGUAUUGCAUGGAGGGAUUCUGGUCGGUCUGGCUCGACUUUAUCUACAGUGUGUAGCUUCGGGUUAUUUGCGAAUAUAUGCAUUUUCUUUGUACAUAGACUUUAUCUACACUUUUUAGUGUAAAUUUCAUAAUC